GUCACGUCGCUUCCAACCGGAAGAGUGAAUGUAAACAAACCAGUAGAGUUUAUGAACAUACUUCCCAGCUGUACUAUCACAAAAGAUAGUGCUUUUGUCAUUUUGAACGAUUUGAACUCCUCCGACAGAGUCAGUGGCAUAGGCUACUCAUUUUUAACUGGAGGACCGUCGUGUUUCCACCACGGAAGACUCGUACGGAUAUGCAGUUAGCUAGUAGCUAGCCAGAGUUAGCACUAUAGUCUCAGUACGAUACAAGUUUAUGGUUAUCUAGCAGUAUGCCUCAAGACGGAGAGCAGUCUCUCCCCCUGGUGCGCUCUCUGAACAGUUGUAUACCCAUCAAAGCUGUAUUCUGUAACCGCAGUCCUUGUGUUGUACGACCACUGUGGAUAAACUUCCGUGGGGAACCGCAGGCGUACAAGGAUCUUCAGCCAGGAACAGGACGGGAGAUGAACACCUUUAUUGGUGAGUGAUGUUGGUCAAUGCACAUCAAGUGUUUGGAGUUUGUUGUUCUGCUCUCUGACAAAUUGGGACAUUUCAUAACAAACCUCAAGGCUUUAGUGUUCUGUCGUUCGCGAACGAUUCGUUCAAAAGAACCAAAUCUUUUAAGUGAACGUACUGAACCGAAUCACUUCCUCAAGUGUUUCGUUUGUUUCUCACUUUAGUUGUGCUGUCAGCAGGGCAGAUGCUAUAGCACGCAGUAUUGCCAGGUGAGCAGCCAGCAAAUGCAUUGAACUACACUCUCUGGAAUCAUUUUUGUCUGAAAAAUUAACUUAUUAUUUGUUACUGCUAAAUUGCCACCACAACAACUUUCAUACAAUAGGACACAGCAUGUCAUGAGUACUGCAUAAAACCCGAAGCAUCCUAUCAUUGCAGCGGCUUGUGAGGGAAAGGUGCAUGUUCAGUGUGAAUUCUUCUAAACGUUCAGUGAACGAAUCACUCACUGAGCCCAGUUUACCAAGCAGACCUGAUAAAUAGCAUUCCAUAUGACAGUACAUCUAAAACAUCAUAACUUAUAAGCAAGUUCAUUUUUACAAACCUGUUUGCCAAAGCAACAAAGCCAAACACUCAUGUCUCCCAUCCCAGAAGCUAUAAAUUGAGCUGAAACCUAAACCGUUCAGCUGUGUAUCAGUUCAGGAGGUCGGAGUCACAGGCUCCUCCCACCAAGCACUGAACGAUUCAAUGAUUAGGUAAACGAAUCUUUUGAACGAAUCAUUUUAGUGAACCGAUUCUGGUGAUUCAGUACAUCUAAAAGAACUGCCGUGCCCAUCACUAUAAGGCUUUAACUCAUCAUUGGGUGGCCCUCUUUAACCAUGCGUAAACUGAACCAUUGGCACGUCCCGGUUUACAAGGCUAUACUUGGCCUGCUUCCACCAUACUUGUGUUAUUGUAUUCAUGUUAAAAGUUAUGGAGGCUACAGUCUUCAGACACAAAAUCUACUUUUGCUAUCUGUCCCCAAAGUUCGUCUUGAUAUGGGUAAAAGAAGUUUUAGAUAUGCUGCUCCUGCAGACUGGAAUCUGCUACAAGAAAAAUUGUGUCUUGGAGAGCUGGUCUCUUUAAAUAUUUUUAAAUGUAGACAAAAGGCCAAGGAGGAAGAUGAAGCUGGCUGUAAACGCUUUGACUGAAAAUGUUCUGCUCUGCGACUUCGACUUAGCAGGUUGUUAUGUCUGUAUAUGUCCCUAAUUGUUAUUUAUGUUUGAAACUUUGUAAAUGUACUGCUGCCUGUCUUGGCCAGGACAUUCUUGCAAAUGAGAUUUUUUAAAGUUUCAUUUCAUUUCAAUUUCCCUAAAUCGAAAGCUGUAAACCUCCCACAACCCUCUGCCAUCUUUGGGAUCUGUGUGUAUUAUGUCAAUGUCAAUGUCACGUUUAUUUAUUAUGUGUGUCUCUACAGGUCAUCCAUGGAUGUUCAGAGAUGCAAAGACUGAUGAGCCACUGAGGGUGAACAACAAAGAACUGUAUCUUCCUAAACCAGCAGAGGGUGCGUUUGCCAAUAUCACAUUACCAGGUGAGAAUAAACAAAUAACUCAAAAUUAUAGCCAAUAGUUUAUGCGUAAUUAUAUAACUCAAAACGUACAAGCCAAAGUUCAUUCAUGAUGUACGGUUAGAUUUAUAGUUUACUCCUCAUGAUAAAAGUGUUGUUUUAUUUUACACUUGCCCCUAGAGUUGUGUGGUUGUACAGGUAACUUUGGACUUAUUUUAGUAGGAUUUUGAAGUUCCCUUAUUAUGGCAUUUUUCAUCAAGUUUAAAUUGGUCCCAGAGGUCCCACAAUAGUAAAUUUGAAGUUUGUUGUCCAAAACACCCGUUUAUUUGUGGAUAUCAGCCAGUCUGUAGCCCCCUCUUUUUGAGCUCAGCUUAGAACAGGCUGAUUCUGCACCUGUAAUGAGCUGUGCCUGUGUGAAACCGCGCUCUUCCACCCCAAGACCACUCUGAGCUGCCGGCACUGCAGCGGUGGUCCAGGAGCGGUGGUCUGGAGAUCUUCUGAGGACCUCUUCAGAGGACUUCCAGACCACUGCGGCUGGAUGCACCAGCCUGCCUCUACGCCCCUAACAAACACCAGCUGCUCAUGGUAAUAAAAGUAAAUAGAAGCGAGUCUGAAGACGAAUACCAACAAUGGUAAACACAGGCGAUUGCAGCCAAAGCACUAGGACGGUGGUAAAGCAACGUAAAAUGGUAAAACUUACAGCUUCCAUGUUUGAAGUUGGGUCCCUGACAUGGGACACUCGGUACGGAUCCAGGUUUUAUCUUCAGCUUCAGCCCCUCGUUGGUAAAACAGUCUGUUAUGAAAUGCUUUGCACACAUACAGCAUUUUCAGAGUUGUUGUGGGUACAUUUCUAUCAAAAAUGAAUUUAAUCCACGGGGUCCUCAAAUCUUCCGACGAAGGAGGCAGAAAUAGAGUCGCCCGUUUGCGCUCAUGUUUUCAGAAAGGCGGGGGAAAGCAAGCGAGGGAGAGAAUUACAUUUUUUUAUGUCGCGGGGGGCGGGUUUUGGCUUCAAGGGGAAGCAUAUUAUUGGUAGAAAACCACCCAAAAGUAGAUAUUUCAUAAUAGGGGACCUUUAAGUCACAUAACUUAUCAAGGACAGUAGCAUUUGGCUUACCUCAAGUUUUUUAUAACAAUUGCCUAACACCAGUUUGUUUGGUUCAUACAGUUUACAGCCUGAAGGAUCGUGCCCUUCAGGUAGUUAGGCGCCUGGUACGACCAGAUGACUACAGGAAGUUGGAAAUAGCCCUAAGUCUCCAUGAAGAACUGGAAGAUCAGCCCAGCAUGUCAAAAGAUUUGCAGCGCAUGAAUCAGCGGGUUGUGCAACAUCUGCAGGAGACGAUCCAAAGCCAGGAGGAAUGAGGCAAAUUACUUGGUGGUUUUAACAGUCAUUUAUUGACAGCAAUAGUGAAUUUUGCACCAUUAGAAAGCAAAGGAGUCAGAACUGUAAAAGACUUCAAAAUCUUAGUGUCACUACCAAACGACAUAGACUCUUUGAGGCGGCUUACAUUUGCUGUAAAGGUUGGUUGACCAACUUGUUACAUUCACUCACUGUAGUGAAUGUAACACUCACUUUUUCCUCUUAUUUUCGAGGAUUUCAGCAGUUAUUGUUUAUUGGUCACUGUGAACAUUGUGAAAUUAGCCUUUUACACCUGUUACAUUUUCUACGUAGAACAUGUUUGCCUUUAAUAGAUCAUACAGAUGAAGAGAGAGAUAUGAAAGACAGGAAAUGUAAAGAGAGUGGAGAAUGACAUGCAGCAAAGUGUCACGGCCAGAAAUCAAACCAGCUGCAGUGAGGACUCUGAGCUCAAUAUACUGUGUAGGACAUGCAUCAAGCCCCAAGGCCAACAAGCACCCAGCCAACAUCUUAUUUUAUUCUGACCAAAAGAAACUCUGAAAAGAAUCCCUGUUGAUUGAUUGCACAAGAUGACACUUAAAGAAAUUCAAGUUUUGUUUAUGAUCUGUCUUACAUGUAGAAAAAUAAUAUACUUAUAGUUAAUUAUCCUGCUGUCACGCUAGAUAAAUAUAACUGAUGACUAUUUUUGCAAUUGUUCAGAGAUCAUUUGCAAGUCAGUAUUGCUUCAGGCAUAUGAUAAGGUGAACAUAGGGAUGGUUUAUACAAGUUGUCUCUUCUUGUAAACAUUGAAUAAAUCAAUAACCUUG